AUGCAUCAGGAGGAGAUGACGACGCCGCCGCCGCUUCCUGCUCCGCGCCCGAGGUGCAUCGUCCGCCUCAGGCUUCCGCCGGCGUGGACGCCGGAGGAAGACGCGCAGCUGCAGAGGCUCGCCAAGGAGAACGCCUUCCGGCGCUGGAGCCGGAUCGCCAGGAGCAUGCCCCGCCGCUCCGCCAGGUCCUGCCGCGACAGGUGGCGCCACCACCUCGCCCGCGACGUGUACCACCGCCCCUUCACCGCCCGCGACGACGACGAGCUCCUGCGCCUCCACUACCGCCUCGGCGACCGCUGGAAGGAGAUCGGCCGCGCGGUGUACGGCCGCAGCUCGCGCAUCAUGAAGCGCCGCUGGAAGGAGCUCCGGCGUAGCGGCUUCCCCGCUGCUGCCGCAACCGCCGCCAGGAAGGAGCUGCUCGCCGAGGACGCCGACGACAUGCUGGAAAGCGUGGAUGAGCAGUCGGAGUCGCCUCGUCGUCUCGCCCUAGCCGACGCUCUCGCGUCGAGCUUCGCUUCUUGCAGCCUUGCGCAGGACCAACCGAUGGGUGCUGCUCUGGCCGGAAGCCUCGAGCUAGGGUUCGCUUGCAUGGAAAUCUGA